AUGGCCAACAGUGAUGAUGAACCCUCCUGGAAGCCUGCUGUAGAUGCUGUCCGCAAAUACUAUACUUUCCUGUCAAAUGAUCUGGGAGCGAUUCCGUCGGAUUGCAUUGUCGAACCUCCCCCGGAAGGCUGGCCCAGCAUCACUCAAGACUCACUCGUUGGUUUGGAAAAGACCGAAGCGGUGGUUGAACUUCUACGCCACAUGCCGUAUAUUGAACCUUCAGAUGACUACAAUACCCAGGUCGCUUUCGGUACAAGCGUAAUAGAUUACAGGCAGAUUGGAGCCUACAAAGUCGCUGAAGGAAAACGUCACCAAUUCAUACCAGUCGGAAACAAGGAGUUCCCGCCCCAUGUGGUAGUCUUGACCGCUGAUGGCGAAGAUUACUAUGGGAGCCUGCUGCUCUUAGACACGGAGAAAGGUACAGCUACUGACUAUCAACCACAGGCGCCACGAAAGAAAGGCGUGCCUGAUCCAGAAACGACAUCAGAGAUCUGGCGCUUCGCGGAGACAUCACCUGUCGCCGAGCUAUUGGCUUCAUGGGAGCAAAAGUUCCGCACGCUAGAAUGGACAGCGAACCCCUUCAACGCUGAAGGUGGCAUUAUGCUGCGAUAUGAUCGUAUGACAGACGAAGUUCGCCAGAUCUAUCGUGACCACGGCUGGCCUGAUAACUUCCGUCGCGAAGAUUGCCGCAUCGCUUUGCAGAUUUGGAACAGGACUAUCGGCAAUCGCUUAUCGCAACCGGAUCAUAACUUGCACGAGAUCACUCGUCAACCUCCCGGUCCGCAUGGUGAUCAGACUAGUCUGGAAAGCGAAGACGAAUCUGAUGGGGAGGACGGCUACAAUCGUUGA